UCUGGCGGGGUUGGCGGGGACUCCCGGGCCGCCUCCCUCGGCCUCCGCUCCACGGUCACCCGGGUAAACAGAGGCUUGGUGCGCGGCCAGCACAGCUGCAGGCCACUGGCCCCGGCGUCGCUCCGACCCGCCCGCGGCCGCCAAGCCCCUCCUCCCGAGAAGCUGCGGGGCCGGCGCUGGAAGUGGCGGGCGGAGGGCCCCGAGCAGGGCAGGGCGGUGCGGCGCCGGAGCCCGGCAUGGAGGGCACGGCGGGGGACCCAUACCGGCGGCCAGCGCGGCGCACGCAGUGGCUGCUGAGCGCCCUGGCGCACCACUACGGGCUGGACCGCGGCGUGGAGAACGAGAUCGUGGUGCUGGCCACGGGCCUGGACCAGUACCUGCAGGAAGUCUUCCACCACCUGGACUGUCGCGGCGCCGGCCGCCUGCCCCGCGCCGACUUCCGCGCGCUCUGCGCGGUGCUGGGGCUGCGCGCCGAGGGGCCGGGGGCCGGCGAGGGAGCCGCGGAGGCCGUGGCCGCGGGAGAUGCGAACCCCGCAGGCAUGAGCCCCGGGGACGGGGACGCGGAUGUGGACGAGGAGGCACGGCUGGCGCUGUGUGCCGAGCCGCCCGAACUCACCUUCCGCCAGUUCCACGCGCGCCUCUGCGGCUACUUCGGCGCCCGCGCGGGACCCCGGCUGCCCCGUGGCGCCUUAAGUGAACACAUAGAAACGCAGAUCCGCCUGCGCCGCCCGCGUCGCCGCCGCCGCCCGUCCCGCGAGCCGGGCCCCGAUGGCGGCCCCGGAGGCGACGCGGCCGGCGAGCGCGUGGCGCGGCUGGAGGAGGAAAACAGCAGCCUGCGCGAGCUGGUGGAGGACCUGCGCGCUGCGCUGCAGAGCAGCGAUGCGCGCUGCCUGGCGCUCCAGGUCGGCCUUUGGAAGAGUCAAUCUGGUGGCCACGGAGAGGGGCUCGGAGAGCCCGAGGCAGCAACGGUGCGGGAGCUGCAGCAGGUGCGGGGCGCCCUGGCGGCGGCCGAGGCCCGUGCGGGACGGCUGCGCCAGGGCCAGGCCGAGGUGCGGCGGCGCGCGGAGGAGGCCCGGCGGGCAGUGCUGCGCAGCCUGCGCCGGGUGCGGGAGCUGGAGGCCGUGGCGCAGCAAGUGCCCGGCCUGCAGCGCUGGGGGCAGCGGCUAGAGGCGGAGCUGCGGCGCUACAGGGCAGAGGGUCCCCAACUCCCAACAACUGCCCGGGCCAGCCCAGAGCCAGGAGUCUCAAGUGGGGAACUUGAGGACGGUGGGACCAGAGAUCCUGACGCCCUGACGGGAGCCUCAUCACUGGAUAGCAGCUCCGGGAGCAGAGCCCUGGACGAAGUGGGUGAGCAGCUGUUCCGCUCUGUGGAGGGCCAGGCCGCCUCGGAUGAGGAAGAUGAGGAAGAGGAGAAAUGGCGGGCAGAGCACAGGUCACCAGCAGCUGAGGUCAAGGCCCUGCCAGCUUGGCCCUCCAACUGCGGGAGUGGGUGUGGUGGCCAGACAGCCACGAAGCUGAAAACUCACUACGGCCCUCCAGGCAUCGCUGACCACACCUGCAGCCCUGGGGAGCUGGAGGCCCCCGCCAGUGGCUCCAUGGUGCAGCGGCCAGGCACCCAGGGCUGUGGCGGGAAGGUGCUAGGAACCCUGGGAGAGGAGGUGGACCUGCGGCACAGAGGAGAGACCGAGCUCCUGAGGCUGGAGCUGCAGAUGGUGGAGACAGAGAGGGUGCGGCUGUCCCUGCUGGAGGAGAAGCUGGUGGACGUGCUGCAGCUGCUGCAGAGGCUCCGGGACCUGAACAUAUCGAAGAAGGCCCUGGGCAGGACACUGCUGAGUGCGCUGGAUGCUCGCAGGGACCCCACCCAAGACGCGAGCUCCAGUCCCGCGGCCACCCUGGACGCCCUACACCAAGCCUUGGCCAGCUGCGAGCUCUUGCGGAGACAGCCCCCCAGCCCGUGCCCAUCAGCCCCCGUGCUCCCCAACCCCCUCCUCAUCUCCUGCUGA